AUGCCGGAUCCCGCAAAAGACGCGACGGGCGGCAAGUCCCCGCCGUUACUCAAGCUGCCGGAGGACAAGCGCACUUCAGAUCGCCAGGCCUCACCGGUGCGUUUGUCUGCUGAACUCACCUUAAAGGUGAGGACCCAGAUGAACCGCAUCGCGACAGUGCGAAAAAUCGGCGAGACCUUACCAUCGUCUGUAGAGGACACGUCUGUGGAUGAGAUUCUACAGAUCUCAAUUCAACUCGAGGAGGUGCACAAGGCGUUCCUUAAGGAACACGCCUACUUCGAGGUCUCAUGGCCGGCGGCGCUCGUCGACCAUGAAUAUUUCUCCAACGACGCCUUCGCCGUGGAGGCGGAGGAGUGUAUGACGGCUCGUCGCGCUCUGGCAAAGCUCAAGGGCGCAUUGGCGGAAAAAAUCGCUCCAUCGACAGCUCCUGUAGCGGCGCAGCCCUCACAAUCUCAGCAAAGAUUGCCGGACAUUAGCAUCCCGUCCUUCAAGGGCGUGUACGAGGCAUGGCCUACGUAUCGCGAUCUCUUCAAGGCGGUUAUCUAUGACAGCCAACGGCUCACCGACGUGGAGAAAUUCCACUAUUUGCGGCUCUCAUUAGAGGGCACGCCUGCUCAGCUCAUUUCCGGAUUGCCUCUCACCGCCGACUCGCUCAAACCAUCCUGGGAGAUGCUCGUCGAUCGCUACGAGAACAAACGUCUGCUCAUCCAAUCAUAUCUGGACCAGCUCUUCGCCAGCUCAACACCGGUGCAGAAAAACGCCGCGGCACUGGACAAGCUGCUCAACACCUUCAAGGAGGGCAUCAAGGGCCUCCAAUCCUUGGGCGUAUCUCAGGAUCUGGGCGACUGCGUACUGGUGUACCAGCUGUCUAGGCAAUUGGAUCGCCAGACUAAGGAGCAGUGGGAGACGUCGUUGGGCGCCGCGCGCGAGUACCCGCGGUUCGAGAAACUCGAGCAGUUUCUCACCUCGCGAGCACGAGCACUCGAGAGAAUCGAGUCGACGACCAGCUCAGGAAGCUCGGCAGUGGUUGCUUCGACCGCGCGACGCUCCUCGACGGCUCAUCUUGCGGCAGCUCAACCGGCACGCACCAACACCUCAGCCGGCUCAACAGAGUACCCGUGCGACUGCUGUAAUGGCACGCACUUCGUGGUGACGUGCCCGAAGUUCAGGGAACUAUCACCGGGCGAUCGACAGAAGCUAGCCAUUUCACGGAGGCUGUGCUUUAACUGCCUCGGCCGUCACAACGUCCGCUCAUGCAAGAGCUCACGGGGGUGCAAGAAGUGCACCUGCCGACAUCAUACGAUGCUGCAUGAGGCACAUCAGAGCGACUCAUCCUCGAAGCCAACCACCAGCUCUGCCUCGACGUUAACCAACAUCCUGCCAUCAUUCAACGCUGCACCACAGGAGUGGCCGCAUCUCACCAAGUUAACCUUGGCUGACCCUGAUUUUCUGACACCGCGGCCAGUGGAUAUUAUCAUUGGAGCUGACUCAUAUGGGCAGAUCAUCAAGCCCAACAUCAUCAAGCAAGACAUAUUGAUGCCAAUUGCGCAGCUCUCAAUCUUCGGAUGGCUCGUUCUCGGGCCUGUCGACACAUCAUCAUCAGCAUCUGCUGCAGUGCAUCAUGCAUCGAUUCAGGAAAGGGAAGAUGCUCUCUACGAGUUAUUGUCGAGAUUUUGGACACAGGAAGAAGUGCCUGCGAGCAACAAUCCUGAGCUUACUCCUGACGAGCAAAGAUGUGAAGAGCAUUUCCAGAGCACUGUAUCACGGGAUUCAACAGGUCGAUACACAGUCCGACUCCCAUUAAUAUCAUCACCUGAUACUCUUGGCAAUUCGUAUCUCACUGCGCAUCGAUGUCUGAAAAGUCUACAAAGGAGAUUCUCCCGAGAUGACAAUUAUCGACGUCUGUAUCAUCAAUUUAUGACAGAAUAUCGAGAUCUCAACCACAUGAAGAAAGCUUCACCCGUUUCCAGUCAGCAACCGCAAUAUUAUUUGCCACAUCACGGAGUGCUCAAACCAGACAGUGCAACCACGAAAUUACGAGUGGUAUUCAAUGGCUCGAGCGCAUCCACAUCUGGCCGCUCACUGAAUGAUAUCAUGCACACGGGAGCCAAGUUGCAUUUAGACGUCACCGACGUCUUGCUCUGGAUUCGACAAUUUCGACACCUAGUUGCCACGGACAUCACCAAGAUGUACAGACAGAUCAACGUGCAUGAAGAUGACUGGAAUUUACAACGGAUUCUCUGGCUCGACGAACUGCUCAAUGAAGUGGCCUAUUAUCUAACCACGGUCACGUAUGGAACCAAGGCUGCCCCGUUCUUGGCAGUACGAACGCUGCUGCAACUGGUGGAGGACGAAGGCCAUAAUUUUCCGCUUGCAGUGCCGUCCAUCCUUCAAGGUCGAUACGUCGACGACAUCUUUGGAGGCGCUGAUACUGUUCAACAGUUAAUCAAGAUUGCAUUGCAGCUGAAGAACUUGUGCAGGGCGGGCGGCUUUCCAUUGGCAAAGUGGCACGCGACUCAUCCAGACGUGCUCACUGCUGUUCAAGCAGAGAAAGACCAGGGCUCACAAAUUACAUUCGACGAUUGCGCAACCAAGAUACUCGGAUUACGAUGGCUUCCUCAAGAAGAUUCAUUCGCAUUCGCAACAAGGAUCUCGUCGCAUACCGAUCAUCUCACCAAACGCCUCGUUUUGUCUGAAGUGGCUCAGAUAUUCGAUCCACUAGGCUUUGCAUCACCAGUCGUGAUCAAGGCGAAGAUGCUCUUGCAGGAGCUUUGGCUUCACAAGCUCCAAUGGGAUGAACCACUGCCAUCCCAGCUCUCAUCACGGUGGCUCAUCAUCAGAAAGGAACUCACCAGCUUGCGCAAGAUCUCAAUACCUCGGUGGUAUAACACAUGGAGUUCAUCGACAGUGGAAUUUCACGGCUUUUCUGAUGCUUCUCAACUGGCAAUGGCUGCAGUCGUAUUUAUCACCGUCCACGGCUCAAAUGGUACCACGAUUUCAUUGGUGUGCUCCAAAACAAAGGUAGCACCGCUCAAGCGGCUCACCAUCCCGAGACUUGAACUCACCGCAGCGCUGCUGCUCUCAAGACUCAUGCAAUACGUUCAAGCCACAUUGAAGUUGAACGUCACAGCCACUCACCUGUGGACGGACUCUGUUGUGACACUCACGUGGAUCAAAUCUCAUGCAUCGCGCUGGAAGGAUUUUGUGAGAAAUCGGGUCUCUCAAAUUCAAGAGCUCACUGCGAACGCACAUUGGAAAUACGUACCAGGUACGUCCAACCCAGCCGACUGCGCCUCACGAGGAUUAAGUACUGCUCAACUCCAAAGCCACUCAUUAUGGUGGACGGGACCACCGUGGAUACUCACCCCUGAAGCUUGGCCAUCACAACCCGCGCUGUCGGACGAGUUGAGCGCUCAUGAGGCUCGUCCUGGCAUUGCGCUACAUGCGGCCGCAUCUCAACCGGACUAUCACUGGGACCUGAUAUAUAGGUACUCAACACUCAACAAGUUAUUGAAAAUAACAGCUCUUUGUUUCAGAUUCAUAUCGCUUCUGGGAAACCACCGUCGCAAGCCACUGGACUUGCACUCAGCUUUGGAAGAGGCCAGACUCUUCUGGAUUAAGGCUACUCAAGCGGCAUACUUCACGCACGAGAUCAAGAUGCUCACGGCCAACUCGAGACUACCAACUGCUCACGCAUUCAGCCGAUUGACUGCGUAUAUGGACGCUCAAGGGAUCAUCCGAGUUGGCGGCCGCCUCAAUCAAUCAGCACUAGCUCAAGACAGCAAACAUCAGGCGAUUUUGCCUCGCCACUCCCAGCUCUCAACCUUGAUCAUUUCACACGCUCAUCUGCGUACUCUGCAUGGAGGAACUCAGCUGACAUUGGCUCAUGUCAGGCAAAGCUACUGGAUCAUCGGCGGACGGGCUCCGGUGAAGUCGCAUAUUCUGCGGUGUGUCGUGUGUGCUCGGCAGAGGGGGAUCCGUGCUCAUCAACUGAUGGGCCAACUACCUCUCUCUCGGGUUACGCCGUCACGUCCGUUUACUCACACAGGAGUUGACUAUGCCGGACCGCUCACCAUCAAAACAUGGAAAGGACGAGGUGCGAAAACAUACAAAGGAUGGAUCUGUGUGUUCGUCUGUUUCUCCACCUCCGCAAUUCACCUCGAAGUAGUCAGUGACUACUCAUCAGAAGGAUUUAUCGCAGCCUUCCGAAGAUUUUCCGCAAGAAGGGGAAUUGCUCAGACCAUAUAUUCGGACUGCGGGACAACAUUCAUUGGAGCAGACGCCGCGCUUAAGAAAAUGUUCAUCCAGAGCUCACAAGAACAUCAACGGAUCGCUCACAUUCUACAACAGGAUUGCACCAGAUGGGAGUUUAACCCACCAGGCGCUCCACACAUGGGGGGCAAGUGGGAGGCGGUGGUGAAAUCGGUGAAGUUUCACCUGAGACGGACUAUCGGGGAGACUCUACUCACAACGGAAGAACUUACAACGUUGCUUACGCAGAUCGAGGCCAUUCUCAACUCGCGGCCUUUAGAACCGUUGAGUGACGAUCCUGAAGACGUCUCAGCGCUCACACCAGGUCAUUUCCUCAUUGGAGGUCCACUCACUACCAUACCUGAGCCAUCUCUGAUUGACCUAGCAACCUCACGCCUAUCUCGAUGGCAGCUCAUCCAACAGCGGGUUCAACAUUUUUGGGCACAAUGGUCGGUUCAUUAUCUGCAACGCCAGCAGGCGAUAUCCAAGUGGCAUCAUCCUAACAACAAUAUCAAGGUGGGGUCCAUCGUGCUGCUCACCGACGAACGAUCUCCACCGUGCAAGUGGCCACUCGCCAGAGUAACGGCCUUGCACCCCGGCAAGGAUGGACUCACCAGGGUGGUUACCCUCAAGACGGCCACCACGACACUCACUCGGCCAAGUGCCAAGCUUGCGAUUCUACCCAUUUCAACUGAAUGA